AUUUCCCUUCUAAAAGAAGGGACCAAACGCGCCCUUAACGAAAAGGAGGUUGGCGGGAUUUUAACAGUGGCUGGCAGCAAAACAGAACUCAAAUUACGGAGAAAAUCUCGCAAAAAUGGCGAACGAAUCGAGCAGCGACAACUACAGCGUCAGGGUGAACCUCGUCGCCAAGGUCUCCGAAAUCGGGCUCCCAAAGAAGACUGAAGAAAAUGAUUACUGUCUUGAAUUGAAGCUUGUUGAUACUUCUUCAACACAAGCAAUUUCGGUGAAAUUUUUUAUUGAGGAGAGAACAGACCUGGCGAUAGUUGAGUCUCCUGGGGACAUAAUUUGCCUUCACCAAGUUGAGGUGAAGGUUCAUGAUGGAUAUGUUUAUUUUCUCUUCGACAGUAGAACAUCUUCAUUUGCUUUGUUUCGUGGGAAAACUGGUGCGACGCUAAAACCAUAUCAAACAUCUGACAAUUUCAUUGCUACUGAUUAUGUUACUGUAGAGAAGUUAAGGAAAUUGUCACUCGAGCAAUUUGAUGGUGCAGAGGAAAACAAGGACGAGGACAAUGAGGGUAACAGCAUCGGUUGUUUUUGCCCUCCUCUCAUCACCUCAGUUAAGAGUGCCUCCUCACAAAAGAUAUUUAAGAUCAUCCCAAGUGCACCUACAAGCCUAUUUUUGGUACAGAAUAUCAAAGUUGGUGAAUCUUUCGAUCUGGUAUGCAAGGUUGUUCACGUGCAUGAAAUUUCUGAAGAGGAAUGGAUGCUUUUCAUCUGGGAUGGAACUGAUGCUCCUAUGACUUUUCAAACAAAUUUAGACCCGGUAAAGGAAAAUCCGUCCCUUUUACACAGUGAACCAACAUCUUUGUCAGAGGAGACAUUAUCCUUAUUUCCAUGUCUGGGAACUGUUUUGAGGAUAUCUACUGGCAAGUUUUUUGAAGACCUCGACUGUUUUCCAGUUGAGGGCAAUUGGGUUAAGUUAUACAAUGUGUUGUGUGAGCUUCAAUCAGAUAUUUGGACAGGUGUUAUGAAUUCUGAUAGCAGAAUUUUUAUUCUGUCUGAUGAGGAUAGGAAUGUGAAAUACCGUGAAAGGGUUUAUGGUGAACGUGUAGCAUUUAAUAUUGGACAGAUUCCUUUGUCAACUUCUCUGGACUCUGCCUGUAUAACAGAGACUGAAUAUGAGGAUGUUGCUUAGGGACGUUGAUGGAUUCCAUCCCGAAUUCACGGGUUUGCUUCUAAAAUUUCAUGUUAUAAUUUAUUUUGUGAGUUUUGCUUGUGUACAUUGGAAGUAGAAUGAAACCAAGAGUCAGUAUAUACAUACUAAGCUCAGGUAGCAUCACGUUGGGAUAUUAGGGAUUUAUUUAAUAUCUUUUUUCCUUUGUUUUUUGUUUUUUUAUUUUGUUUUUUUUUGUAAUUCCAGUAUAUUUGAAACUCGGGCUAUGAAUAGAAGUUUUUGUCCA